AGUAAUUUAUAACAGUUUCCAAUAAUUUCGAUAAAGAUUAUCUAUAUUUCCAAUAAUUUAGAUUUGAAAAAAGAAAAAAAGAUGAACUGGUUACAAUUUUUUACGACUUUUUUACAAUACAACUUGAUGCUUUGAAACUAGAGACAGUUGUAUAUAAAACUUGCAUAAAAACAAAAAUAGAGAUUCAAUCAAAGUAUGUACAAGAGAUAAAUAAAUCAGGUUGGAGCCCAACAACUCAAAUACAUGACAGUUCUUAAAGAUUCUUCAGCUAUCUUAACAUUCUGGCCCUCACCAGCGCUGAAUUUAUUACCGGAGUAGCAUUUAGAAGAAGAAGACGAAGAAGAAGAAGAAUCCUUGAGAGAUUUCAAGGCAGCGGGAUCGCUCUUCGCAGCCUGAUCUCUGGUCUUCUGUAUACACCGUGUCACGAAUUGCCCAAACACCCUGCUCAUGCCACGAACAAUUGAUGGUACAAUCAAAGUCGAUUCAAAUUCCAAGAACUUGGAAUGAAGGAAUUUGGUUAUAUAAAAGCAAAGAAAAGCGAAUAGAUAAGGAUGAAUUGGCGUGUUCUAAAAGAAAAGUUGGUGCCAUUGGAAGCCAUUUUUGUUGAUUAUUUUAUUUGGAUAAGGAAUUGGAAUUUUCAAUUUUCCAUGUCAGUACAUACGAAAUCCCUGUGGACGGGAGCUUCGUCGAAGGUCCUCAUUACUGGGCCGGAAAUGGGCCUUCUAUUCGGCCCAUUGGCUUCUCCAUCUCUCUUUCUCUGGUGGUCAUUUGAAUCCGCUCACAGCCAGUCACAGUUGAGCUCAUCUUCGCCAUAACAAUUGCUCUUUUGACCCUCACUAUGGCUCUGCUUCACUCUUCUUCUCAUUUCUCAACUCUUCGAUGGACUCCUUCGUCUCAUCCGAUCUCUCUAACUUCACGCCGUCGAUACUUCAACGUAAGGUCCUGUCUGCCAUUGCCGAUGCAGAAUGCGAAAUAUAGGAAAGAGCUUGAAGCAGCUAUCGAUGUGGUGCAGAGAGCUUGUCGUCUAUGCGUUGACGUGAAAUCGUCGCUUCUAUCGGCUGAUGGACAGGUUCUGGAAAAGAACGAUCAGACUCCAGUUACUGUUGCCGAUUUUGGAGUUCAGGCGCUUGUCAGUUUGGAGUUGGGUAAUCUAUUUCCAUCUAUUCCAUUAGUAGCUGAGGAGGACUCUGCAUUUUUACGUGCAAACAAUUUGGCACAUUCAGUACUGGCAGUAGUGACUGAGAAGUCGAGUUUUCCAAAUGAGUUGACUCAGGAUAAUGUGCUGAAAGCAAUCGACAGGGGAGCGAAUGUUGCAUUUGCUUUUGGAAGUAAGCCAGCCACAUAUUGGGUAUUGGAUCCAAUUGAUGGCACACGGGGAUUUCUUAGAGGAAAUGAUGUCUUAUAUGUGGUCGGGUUGGCUCUUGUGGUUGAAGGAGAAAUUGUGUUAGGUGUUAUGGGAUGCCCCAACUGGCACGGAGAUUUGUCUGAAGAGUCAAACUCUGAAGAUCUUGAGCGUGGAGGUGUCUGGUCCAGGUCAGGAGCCAUAAUGAUUGCCCAUGCUGGAUCUGGAACAUGGACAAGGAGAUUGUCAGAUAUGCAAAGCCCGAGCAAGGUGUUUCAUAAUUGGACAAGAUGCUUUGUUGAUGAAUACAGCCUUGUGCAUGAGGCACGCUUCUGUAUCCCAGAUAGUCAGACGUGGGAAUCGCUUCCCCCAUCAACUUCAUUGCAAGCAACAACGAAUGCUGAUCAGGUUGGGAGUGGUCAAAUUCUUCUUCUCCGAAAAUGUUGUGGAAGUUUGUGCAAGUAUUUCAUGGUGGCUUCUGGUAGGGCAUCUGUCUUCAUUCUUCGAGCAAAAUCUCAAUCUAUUAUCAAGACUUGGGAUCAUGCAGGUGGCAUGAUUUGCGUGCAUGAAGCCGGUGGGAAGGUGACUGACUGGAAAGGCAAUGACAUUGAUCUUGCUGCUGAUCAAGCUGGCCGUAGGAUUUUAUCUCCCUCAGGCGGCAUUCUUGUCAGCAAUGGUCACCUACACGAUCUUAUAAUUGAGAUGACUGCAUCCACUUCAUCUACUGUCUGAUGCUGAGACUACCUAUCGGUCUAUCAUACCUAAAUUUGAUCCGCAUUUGGAGAUCAACGGUGGAAAAAAAAGACCUGGGGGAAGUUAAUUACGGUAAAGUACUAAGCUUAUCUUCAAUAAUGUGAAUGGUUGACCAAUUAAACGACUAUUUUUAUAAUUUCAAUCCGUUAAGUUCAAUUAUUAGGCUAAACCACAACCUUGGAUUUUUAUCGUGAUUUUGGUAGUACAUUAUUGUGCACGCUGUGCACAAAAUGCCCUAAGAUAGCAUUUCAGCCAAAAUGUCAAUAUGCUAUAAACAUAGGCUCCUAUCUAGUUAUAGAAUUACCACGGGAAAGUUAUUCCAUUUUCGGUUC